CAGUAGCUAGCCAAUAUGCCUGAUCCGUCCAAGUCCACUCCGGCCCCCAAAAAGGGGUCUAAGAAAGCCGUUACUAAGGCGCAAAAAAAGGACGGCAAAAAACGCAAACGGGGCCGCAAGGAGAGCUACUCCAUCUAUGUGUACAAGGUGCUGAAGCAGGUGCACCCCGACACUGGCAUCUCGUCUAAGGCCAUGGGCAUCAUGAACUCGUUCGUCAACGAUAUUUUCGAGCGCAUCGCCAGCGAGGCCUCCCGCCUGGCGCAUUACAACAAGCGCUCGACCAUCACGUCCCGCGAGGUGCAGACGGCCGUGCGUCUGCUGCUGCCCGGGGAGCUGGCCAAGCACGCUGUGUCCGAGGGCACCAAGGCUGUCACCAAGUACACCAGCUCCAAGUGAGGCGCUGCGGGGCGUCCUCAAUCCAAAGGCUCUUUUCAGAGCCACCCAAAUAGUCGUUAAAAGGGUCUU